AUGGAUCGUGGUUAUCCUAACCAUCCGAUCAAAUGGGGGACAUAUCGAGAGGGUGUACGGUCCCAGCUGCAAAGAUUUGAGUCCCUGCCACAGGAUGGUAUCGCAUUAAUGCAGUCUUAUCAGGCUGUCCUUGACAACGAUGAAACUUUCACCCAAUACUUCUCCGACGAACCACUCGAAAGUUACAGGAUCGAGACGCGUCUAAGGGAAACAUUGGGCAUUCCUCCUCCAUCUUUAUCUGACUCGGAGAAAAAUCCCUCGAUUAGCUGGGUCAACAUUUUCCGACACGGCAGUUUCGAAAAACAAACUGACGGCUCCUACCACUGUUACGACCAAGGGAACCUCGUUCAGAUUGAUGAGUCCCUUCACAAAAGCAUCCUGCUCAACCGAUGCUUCCUCCCAGCAAACUCCUACCUGUGGCCAAGUCCCGCCGACGCCGAAAGAGAGUCGGAAGUCACGCUGGCAAUAGAGGCAGACGUCUUGGAUGAGCUUGACACAAAGAUCAAAUACGUGGAGAAACUGAAACGACUUCAGCUGGCACUGAAGAAACGCCGAUUCAAGCUUCAAGGUAUUCGAGACCCCGUGAAAAGGUCUCGUACGCCGCAAACCCCCGGUUCGCAGUACCCUACCCCAAACAAGUCGUAUCGUCCCACGAUCUCUGUUGAGGCGCAUGAUACCCGUGCGCGCAGCUCAUCCGAAAGCUCAGGUGUUUCAAGUGGAUCUGACAUCCCUUUCACCACACCUGGUGAUGUCUCAAGGCCAAUAUCUUUUGACCGUGAUGAUGAUGUGGUUGACAACACAGACCAACAAGAGCACUUAAACCUUGUCGCCGAAACCAACCAGAAAGCAUAUAAUCAUGAAAUGGGAGGUUCGGUGUCUGGGCUUCUCGGCAACAGGAAGCCCGAGGUCGCACAAAGCCAGGCUGAGACACAGCACUACAAACAGUCCCAAGGAUACGGGUCGGCGAAACACCAGCUCCCCGGCAACAAGGACCUGAUGCGACCGCCUGCGAAAAAGCCAAAGGUCGAGGAUGCCCCAUCCCCGAUGAAUAUCGAGACCAUCGGCCUUGGUGAAGAGCUGCCAAUGUGGAAAGAAAAGGUUGAUACGCCAAUCAAACCACAGCCCACAUCUUCCACUGCAGGAACGCGACGCAACGGACAAAAGCGAACACGGAAUAACUUCACUGACUAUGAGAGAAAGCACGCACCAGCCUGGUUCAAGAGCCAAGUAGAUGCAGGAAAACUCCCAAGCGAGAUUGAGAAGGAUUACGUCAAGAAGUUUGGUGUCUUCCAUCGCUGGCUCACAAUCAGACUUUGGGUCGACCGGAUGGAGGGAAGGGACAUUAAAAAAGAGAAAGGGGUCGAUAAAGAAGAUACCCCAAGCAAAAUCGUGCCGAUUCGGGUGUUCCCAACGAGCCGGCCAAAGACAGCAGCACCUGUCCCCCAUCCUGGUUUUGCCGCCGCACCACCCUAUGCAUCCCCAUACCCUUUGUUCCGGUCCUCCCAGCAGGCUGAUGGCGCAACUGUUAUGUAUGAACUGGAUUGGCCCUCCAAGACGGCUGGAUCACCCCCAAUCAAGAGUGGUCUUCCAAACUUGUGCUGA